UCUUGUUUUGUUUUAGAAACUCAGUUUGUUAAAUGGCGCUGGAUUUGUUUUUGUUUGUCUUAAAUGUUUAUUAUUACUUAGAUACCAACAAGGAUGCUGAUUAUUGAUCUAACAUUUUAAUAUUUAAUUGUUUUAUAUAUACGUACUUUAUUCUGAUUCUUUAUUCCUUAUGUGAAUAAAUAUAUCUCUGGACUCUGCAACAAUGAGUGAAAAAAGCAAAGUUCCUGGUUAUAUGGCACAUCUUUUAGAAGAACUUGGCUGGAAUCAGGGUACCAGAAUACCUUUGGCGAAUUCUGAUAAUCAAGAACUUGAAACACUUUUGAUAACAAGGCAAAAUGAAAUUCAACAACUCAAAGAGGCACUCAUUUUACAAAAUCAAAAACGUGAAGAUCUUAACAAGUAUAAGGAUUAUGUCCAUUCUGAAUAUCAGGAAAACACACGCUUGCUAUUUGCUCAUAAGCAGCAGUUGGAGCAGGAGGUGAAACUGAAACAGCUGGCCUGCAAUGAAGCUGACAGACUUGAUAGAGAUAUCAUUGACAACCACAAACAGAGCAAAGAUAUUAACAGUCGCAUUGAACGUGCCCAAGUCAGCAUAGGCCGCUUGCUAAAGAAGGCGGACUCUCUGAAGAGCGAAGUGUGUGGCGAGCGUGGCGCCCUGCAAGAGUGGCGUGCUGCCUUGGAGCGGAGCGCGGGAGAUAUCACGGCCAUUGAACAGUUCACGAAGCAAGACCUGUCCAAGGCUAAAGCAUUGGAAACAAAGAGGCAGAAGUUGAAAGUGGAACAUGAUCGUAUGCACGACCGGCUGUCGGAGCUCGUCUCCAACCUCAGCGCUGAAGAGAGAGCAUGUGAAAGAAUUUCUGUGCAGGUGAUGGAGGGGAUGGAGCAAAGGAAGCAAAUGAUGCAGAUGUGGACUAAUGCUGUUGAAAAUCUUAGACAACGUGACACGGACAUAAGACACAUUAGAGAAGACUAUGCAGUGCUAGAAGCUGAAGCUAACAAAAUGGCGGAAGAGUGCCGCGAGCAACAAGCUUUUUGCGACCAACAGCGCGGCAACAACAACGACGCUCAACGAGAGAACAUGGCGAUAGCGCAGCGACUCAGCAACGUCAGAUUAUCAUAUCAGCAGCUGUUGGAUGUCAACGCGACGCUGCACAGCGAGGUGGCCUGCCUCCAACGAGAGUUGAGCAACAUGCGCAACACGCUGGAGAAACUCCACAUGGAAAACCGGCAAAUCAUGGAGGAGCAGCAUAGGAAAGACGUCGCAUUGCAGGGCUUGGCCGCCAAGAUAAAAGAUUUGAAAGAAAAGCUGAAGGACUCGACAGACAAGACGAAGUCGUCUGAGAAACGGGCCAAAGAAUUGGAGGACAUGUUGAAUGAAGAAGAAAAAUACGCCUCCCAGCUUACAGUGAGCCAACAGCGAGCCAUGCACUGCUCGUUUGUGGAGCAGCAGAAAUUCUUGACGCUAAAAAACGAAGAGAAACUUUUCCAUAUGCAGCUCAAAGCAUCGAAAGCUGUGAUGAGCAAACUGGAGACCAAGCAACGUCUCGUCGAACGUAACCUGCAGAGUCAAAAGGAAUCCUUAUAUGCAAUUUGUUACCAAUUGGAGACACUCGGCGCUCGCGUGAUGCACAUGGAGGGGGCGAAAGCCGAGCGAGAAUGCUCUGCAGAGCUGUUAGAGAGAGAGAACAGACUGAAAGACGUGUCAGCCCGUCACGCGGCCCGCGUGGCGCUGUUGGAGCGGCACGCGGCGCGGCUGCUGGACGACAUGCGCCGGCUCACGCGCGAGCUCGAGGCGCGCUCGCUGGACCACUCGCGGCUGCAAAGUCGCCUAAAAUCCUCCAUACUGGGCGUGGAAGGCGGCGAGAAAGACCUGAGGGCUUCCCGCGACAUCUGGCGGCGAACGAGGGUUGAAGAGGCGCUGAUGAGGCUGAAAGUGGCGCACGCCGCACGCGCCCUGGCCGGCCUCGACGACACCGCCUUCUCGCUGGACUCUCAGCGACUGCAGCUGGAUGCUGCAAUGAACGAGCGUCUAGUCGAAAUCGCGGCUCGUCGUGACAUGUUCAGCGUUCAGAAGCGAGCGUUGAUUGAGGACUGCGGGAAGUUACGUAGCGAGAUACGGGAGCGAGAACAGCGCAUUGAUCAGCUGAAGAAGAGAUAUGAAAUAUUUAUUGGAUCACUCGGAAAAGAUGAAUCAGGACAGCAGCUUUCUGUUACCUUCUUUAAAAUAAAGUUCGCGGCGGAGCGCGCCGAACUGCGCACGCGUGGCGCGGCGCUGGACGGCGACAUCACGCGGCGCGAGCGCGACGUCGCGGCGCUGGAGGCCACGCUGCGGGUCGUGCACAGCGCGCACCAGCACUUCAUGCGGCACCUCGCGCCGCUGCAGCACGACACCCCGGAGAUCGAGGAGCUUAACGAGCUCUCGAAGCAAUAUUACGUCGCUCGUGAUGAGCUGAAGAAACAAAACGCAGAAAUCGAGGCUCUUGACCAAUUAGUGUCGGACACUCGCUCUCGAAGGACUAUGCUUGUGGACAAGAGAAAACAACUCGAAGCCAGGCAUGCUGAAGCGGAAAAUGAAUUGGAGUCAGUUCGAGAACGCCUUACACGCCAAGAGUGUCAGCUCUCCAAUGCGCGUGACAUCGUGAAACACAACGCGAGGCGCGCGCGGAAACUAGUGGAGGGGGUGGACGAAUGGCGUUUCUUCCAGAUGUCGGUAUGGGUGCGCGACUACGCCGAGGCGGCUUACAACGCUCUCAGCAACCUUGACCAAAUCUGCGAGUCACCCGAACUCCACAUCCGCCUCGCCGUGCUGCUCUCCUCCACGGACCUGCAGAGACAUGUCGCCACUCACCAGCGACGGCUGCUCAUGUUCAUAGAGCGCAUCGCUAACGACUCUACUGAUAGACGUGCAAAAUCUAUACGAGUGGAGGAAUCGAUAUUCUCAACAUCGUCGGAGUCUGUGCACAGUGGCAUGAGCGUGGCGAGCGGAUACACUAAGAGGCUGUCCGCAUUCCGCAAGACCCUGGCUGAGAAGGUCGGCGAGGAUUCGUUGGCCGACGAACCGGCUGAACAUGCGCGCAAGUCGGCAAUAUCGAUGCGUGUGGUGACGCUUGGAUUCGAAGAACCCCAAGAGAAGUGCGGUCCUAGACGUUGCAGUAUGCAGUCUCAGCGGUCUUUGAAAUAAAUCAGUAAAUAAGGCCGUUCUUUAUAGGUAAUGUUUGAACUAAGGGGUCAUGUAUUUUCAGCAUUAAUGCUUAGAAAAGAAAACAGUGUGAGGGUUGUGGGUCGACAUGAGAAAUGUAGACAAAUUCUGGUAAUGUUGACAUUGUAAACUAUUUAGCUAAU